AUGGUGCCCCUCCAGCUGCAGCGCAUGGGCGUGGACCUCGAGGGCUCCCGCAGCCGCGCCCGCCGGGAAGCCGCCGCCGAGGAAGCUUCCCGGCUCCCGCCCGACGACGUCGACUUUGGCCGCAUGAGCGGGCGGGAGGUGCGGGACUAUUGGGCGCGCGUCCGCGCGGCGCGGCUGGGGCGCGUGCAGGGGCGGCAGGACGACGAGGUCGUUGGGAUUGCGCAGGCUUACCUAAUCGUGACUGCGAUCGUACUCACGCUGGCCGUGCUGGUCAACCUGAGCCAGCCGUGA